UUCAUAUUUAACAAAUAAAAAGUUACCAUAAAAAAAAAGUCACGCCAUCUCUCUCUCCUCCACAACUCCACACUGCUUUCAAAUACACCCUGUGAAGAGCAGAGAGAGAGAGACUAGUGAGAGAGUCCAUCGCAUUCUCUCUCUCUCCUUUCAUUCCCAAACAGAGACUUCUAGAGAGAGAGAUUCACAAAAAUAACUGUAAUGGAGAUUCACCGACACAGACGAUGGCAUUUUCUCCUUCUGAUAACUAUCUCCUCCGCCAUAUCGUUGAUCGGUGUUUCUUCAGAGACAGAGGUUGGAGGGUUCGACUAUGGUGAAGCAUUGUCUAAGAGCUUACUCUACUUCGAAGCUCAAAGAUCAGGUCGACUUCCGUACAACCAGCGCGUGACGUGGCGUGAUCACUCCGGUCUCACCGACGGUCUAGAGCAAGGGGUAGAUUUAGUGGGAGGAUAUCAUGACGCCGGAGACCAUGUUAAAUUUGGACUUCCGAUGGCUUUCACGGUGACAAUGCUGUCUUGGAGUGUAAUAGAGUACGGUGACUCACUCGCUUCCACCGGCGAGCUAUCUCACGCGCUUGAAGCCAUCAAAUGGGGAACCGAUUACUUCAUCAAAGCUCACACAAGCCCAAAUGUUCUAUGGGCCGAAGUAGGCGACGGUGACACUGACCACUACUGUUGGCAGAGACCGGAGGACAUGACGACUUCACGGCGAGCUUUCAAGAUCGACGAGAAUAAUCCUGGAUCAGAUCUGGCCGGAGAAACAGCCGCGGCUAUGGCUGCAGCUUCGAUCGUAUUCCGCACAACCAAUCCACAUUACUCUCACCUUCUCCUGCACCAUGCCCAACAAUUGUUUGAGUUUGGAGACAAGUACAGAGGCAAAUAUGAUGAGAGUCUACGUGUUGUAAAAAGUUAUUAUGCCUCGGUGAGUGGUUACAUGGACGAGCUUUUAUGGGGUGCCACAUGGCUCUAUCGAGCCACCGACAAUGAUCACUAUAUGAGUUAUGUGGUUGACAUGGCGCACCAACUCGGUGGCCUUUCUUGGGCCAUGUCUGAGUUCAGCUGGGACGUCAAGUUCGCUGGUGUUCAACUUCUCGCCUCCAUGUUGAUAAAAGAAGACAAACACAAGCAACAUUCUGAAGUCCUACAACAGUACAAAUCAAAGGCCGAUCAUUACCUAUGCUCAAUUCUCAACAAGAACAUCAACGGCACAAAUGUCCAACGAACACCAGGCGGUUUACUCUACGUCCGGCAAUGGAACAACAUGCAAUACGUUUCUACCGCAUCUUUCCUCCUAACAGUGUAUUCCGACCACCUCCGUAAAUCAAACUCCGAUCUCGAAUGCCACGAAGGAACUGUUACUCCUGAUGAGAUGCUCGUGUUUGCCAAGUCGCAAAUAGACUACAUUUUAGGAUCAAACCCGAUGAAAACAAGUUACCUAGUCGGAUACGGUCCAAAAUAUCCGACUAGGGUUCAUCAUAGAGGUGCAUCGAUCGCUUCUUAUAAAGAUUACAAAGGGUUCAUUGGAUGCACUCAAGGGUAUGAUUAUUGGUACGGACGGUCCGAGCCUAAUCCAAGUGUUUUAGUUGGGGCUUUGGUCGGAGGACCGGAUGACCGAGAUAAUUUUUUUGACCGGAGGGAUAAUUACGUUCAAACCGAGGCUUGUACGUACAAUACUGCCCCUUUGGUCGGUGUGUUUGCGAGACUUAUAGAGAUUGAGGAGCAGAAACUUGAAGAAGAAGAUGUUCGCCUGGUUGCAACUUAUAGGAAAUAGAGUUAUUAUAAAAUGAAAAGAAAGUGUGGUUUUAUUUGCACCCAUAUAUAUAUUUAUAUUCUCGGGGUUUUUCUUCUCAACAAUUUUCAUUGAGUGAAAGUGUGUAUAUAUAUAUGAAUUAUCAAUAUAAACUCUCUUUUUUUGUUUGUUGCUCAA